AUGGAAGUGCCGCAUACGUUCGUGCGAACCGUCAAGGCACAGGACUUGCGCUUCAGUCAAGUAGACACUUUCCUGCGUGAUAUCAAGACGAAAAAUUCGCCCACGUGGGUCAUUUUUUCUUUUGCGGACCAAAGAGAGAAGAGGAAUACGCUGAAAGUACUUGCAUCUGGAAAUGGCAGCAUCUCUGAUCAGUCCAUGUGGCCCACGGAGCUUUUCUCGCCCAAGUCGCUGUGCUACGGACUUACAAGCGUCGAUUGCUAUGACGAAAACUCAGCACCUACUAACGUGCUGUCGUUUUGUUGGAAGGGACGAGAUCUACCGAUCUACCUUCGUACAAAGUAUGCAGAGUUUAACUAUGUCAUUCGAAAACAUAUGGGCGCAGUUGCACAUGUCACGCUGCACAACCCGGAAGAGCUCAUGGAUGGAUCGGUGUUUAUGCAGACCCCUCGACGGCGGCCACGAAGUUCGUCAAGACGAUUUGUAACGAAUGAUAUUGAGUUCACUCCAGAAGUAAAAGUUACUGUGCAGGACAUUCGGUCGGAUACUUCCCCGUUUAAUUGGGCUGUAUGUGGCUACGAUAACUCGGAUUUAGAGAGCUCGACCCAAAGGAUGAUUGUUGUAGAAAGGGGCAUGACAGGGUUAUAUGCUUUAAAGGGGAUCGGCGGAAUUACUUCGGUGCUAGAGGAGGGAAGUACAAUGUACAUUUACUUACGAGUGGACGUUCCGUUGCAUCGCGGAACUGAGCGAAUUGUAUCGAAGUACGUACUGGUCACAUGGCAAGGCGUGGAAAGUAGUUGGAGCGGAGGAACUUCGGAUGAUGAAAUUGAGUUAUGGUUUGGGCCGAGCUCAAAUGGCGAGCGAUCACCCCAGCGCCGAGAUUCUUUUGCGUCAAGCUCCAAGCUUCAGCGCGCUGUGACUGCACAUGUCCACGGCAGCGAGAUUUACCGUGUGUUUCCCCACCACGUACACUUUUUUGCCAGCACGCUGUCGGAAAUAUCGGAAGAAGCGAUUCGCGAGCGUAUCAGGCGGGCAGUGGACAAUGAUUGCAUGCUGCUGCGAGUCGUUUGUGUUCAAGCGUCAGGUGAUACACAAGCGCCCGUAUGCUUAGAAAUACCGUUCGAUGCUACGGUGGGUGUGCUUCGCCAGGAAAUCGCGUCAAACAUUGGAAUCCCGAAAGAUCGCCAGCGCAUCGUUUGGAUUCGACAAACAGAGAAUCUUGCUAAAGAUUCGCAACUAUCCACAGCACUCAUGCUUGAGGACGAAAACGCAGGGAUCCGAAAAGACAUUGGACUUGCUCAUGGUGACAAAAUUCACGUUGACGACAAGGACAACGGCGAAAAUUCUGUUCUUGCAAAACUUUUUGAACAGAUCAAUUCGGGUGCUGCAGCAGUGAGUCUUUCAGCUGAACGACGGCACGAAGUCCAGCGAGGAGUGGAAGCGCGAGAAGCAGAGCUUAGGAAGAUAUUAUCCGUGACUCACUAUUUAAUUCGACGGAAAGCUGGUGAAGGCCUGAAGCCUGUUGUGCGUAUGACAGACGUUGCUGAAGAAGGUGUUGCUAACGCCAUGACCGAAAUCGAUUCUUCAUCCCCAACAAACCAGCAUAUGGUUGUCGAUCGCGCUGAUUCGCCUGCCUCCUUGACACGAUCAAUUUCGGAGGAGUUAGCGAAAGAAGAUGUAUUGACGUUGCAGGAACAAGCGCGAGUUCUUGAGUCUCAGAAUCAAUAUUUGGAGAUUCCAUAUGAAAGCAUUCACAUCCUUAGCGGCAAAGAGAACGAAUUGGGUUGUGGAAAAGCCGCUACUGUUUACCGUGGACUUUGGAUGAAUCGGAAUAACGCUGCUGAGGUAGCAGUGAAAUCGUUCCGUUACGCUCGAUUGACCGACAAAAUCCUUGGUGAUUACAGACGAGAAGUGGCGUUACUGAGAAAGCUAAAACACCCGAAUAUUGUGUUAUUUAUCGGUGCAUGCACGGACCCUAAGCUGAUGAUUUUGACGGAGUAUUGUUCUCGCAAAAGUUUAUUCGAAGUAAUUCACAGCAACAAUUUCGAGACAAUUCCCUGGAAGUUUAAAGUCCGGAUGAUGCUUGAUGCGGCGCGAGGUAUACAAUAUUUACACUCGAAGCGAAUCAUCCAUCGCGACAUCAAGUCUCACAACUUCUUGGUGGAUGACGACUGGCGAGUUAAAGUGGCCGAUUUUGGCAUCAGCAAGGUGCUGGAUACCGAUACUGCAUUUACACAGUGCGGUACAACAGGGUGGGUUGCUCCUGAAGUUUUGUUGGACGAAGAUCUGGGGUACACCUUCAAGGCUGACAACUGGAGUUUUGCUAUUGUAAUGUGGGAAAUAAUUGCCGGCGGAUUGCAGAACCCGUUCAUCGGAAUGGCUCCGAUCAAGUUCUACAACAAAACAAUCAACGCCGGCAUCCGACCUCCAAUCCCCGAGGGCAUGGACAGCGAGUACAUCAAUCUCAUCCUUGAAUGCUGGAAGUCAGACGCGACCGAUCGACCUUCCUUUGACGUGAUUGUGUCUCGACUGGAGCGCAUGUUGCUUGAUUUGGGUGCCAGCAUCGACCUUCCACCUACGUUCCAGGGUGGCUACCACCAGGCAAGGAUAGCGGCGAGCCCAAAUUUGUUGUGA